GGCAGUCAGGCUCCAUCAUCGGUGACGAGUGAUCGACGAGGAGGAAUCGGAGGCGAGAGGCGAUCCGCGAUGGCGUUGAGCGGGUGGAGGAGGAGGAGCACGGCGGCGAGGGCCGUGCCGCUGUGCCUGUGGCUCACGCUCGCCGCGGCCACCCUGACGCUCGCGAAGGCAGAAUCAGCCGCGGAACUGACCAAGAUCACCACCAAGGUCUACUUCGACGUCCAGAUCGACGGCAAGCCCGUAGGCCGGAUUGUCAUGGGACUUUUCGGGAAGACUGUUCCUAAAACAACAGAGAACUUCCGAGCACUUAGCACAGGAGAGAAAGGAAUUGACAAGCACGGCAAACCUCUUCACUACAAGGGAACCUUAUUCCAUAGAAUCGUCAAAGGCUUCAUGAUUCAGGGAGGUGACUUGGAACACGGAGACGGAACUGGUUGUGAAUCUAUCUAUGGGGAAGUUUUCCCUGAUGAAAACUUCAAGCUUAGUCACACUGGACCAGGCACUCUGUCGAUGGCAAAUCAAUUGAAGAAAGAUACAAACAGAUCCGAGUUCUUUAUCACCACUGCAGAUACACCACGGACAAGAGCGUUGGACGGGAAACACGUUGUGUUCGGCAAGGUGCUGAGUGGAAUGGACGUUGUCUACAAGAUUGAAGCUGAAGGCGAGCCGGGUGAUGAAGGUACCCCAAAGGCCAAAGUCCUCAUAGCUGAUAGCGGAGAGCUGCCGAUGUCUGAUGAGCUGAAAUGAUCCAUCUUUGAUGGAAGAAGCAUAUAUAUAUGUGGAAGCAAAUGUGACUGUUUUCCAUUGUGGAAUUGUUGCCUGUGUUAUCUGUGAGGCAAC